AUGCGGUUGCGUUUCCCGAUGAAAUCCGCGGUUUUAGCGUUUGUCGUCGUUUUACUGUUUCUUUCUGAGUUCGCCGCCGGAAUAAGGAUGAUUCCGGUGAGGAUCUCCGCCGUUUCCGCCACCGUCGGCAACGGAUUUGAUCUCGGACAGUUCGUGGAAGCUCCGGAGUACAGAAACGGCAAGGAGUGUGUGUCUAGAGAGAAUUUCGUGUCGUCUUGCGACGCUUCGUUAGUUCACGUCGCUAUGACGCUUGACUCAGAGUACCUACGUGGCUCAAUCGCAGCCGUACACUCGAUGCUACGACACGCGUCGUGUCCAGAGAACGUUUUCUUCCAUCUCAUCGCUGCCGAGUUUGACCCGGCGAGUCCACGCGUACUGAGUCAACUCGUUAGGUCGACUUUCCCGUCGUUAAACUUCAAAGUCUACAUUUUCCGGGAAGACACCGUCAUAAACCUCAUAUCUUCGUCGAUCCGACAAGCCCUCGAGAACCCAUUGAACUACGCUCGAAACUACCUCGGAGAUAUCCUCGAUCGUUGCGUAGACCGAGUCAUAUAUCUCGACUCGGACAUAAUCAUCGUCGACGAUAUAACCAAGCUUUGGAACACGACUUUAACUGGGUCAAGAAUCAUCGGAGCUCCGGAGUAUUGUCACGCUAACUUCACCAAAUACUUCACCUCGAAUUUCUGGUCCGACCCGGAUUUACCUGGAUCCUUCUCGGGUCGAAAGCCUUGCUAUUUCAACACGGGAGUGAUGGUGAUGGAUCUUGUUAAGUGGAGAGAAGGGAAUUACAGAGAAAAGAUCGAAACUUGGAUGCAAUUACAGAAGAAACGAAGAAUCUACGAUCUUGGUUCGUUACCACCGUUUCUUCUUGUAUUCGCAGGGAAUGUUGAAGCAAUUGAUCAUAGGUGGAACCAGCAUGGUUUAGGAGGAGACAAUGUACGAGGAAGUUGUAGGUCUUUGCAUAAAGGACCAGUGAGUUUGUUGCAUUGGAGUGGGAAAGGAAAGCCAUGGGUAAGGCUUGAUGAGAAGAGACCUUGUCCUUUGGAUCAUUUAUGGGAACCUUAUGAUUUGUAUGAAAAUAAGAUUGAGAGAGCUAAAGAUCAGUCUUUGCUUGGUUUCUCUUCUUUGUCGGAGUUAACAGAAGAUUCAAGCUUUUUGUGA